AUGUCUGAUUCUGAAGAAGAAUAUGUGGAUGAAAAUUAUAAUAAUGAUAAUCAAAAUGAGAGUGAUAAUGAUUCAGAAGGAGAAUUUAAAGAAGUUCAUCUAGAAGAUGAUGAGGAUUUCAUGUAUGGUGGUUACAAUGACAUCGAUAGAGCUAGACUAAAAAUUACCGAUCAAGACUUAGGCCUAGACAAGGAUGAGGCAGAGAAAAGAGCUAUAUCAAAUCUGGAGAAAGAUGGAAAGGACCUCGUGGAAAUCAAAGACUUGUUGAAAGAAGAGGAGUAUCAAGAUGUGGGGGAAAGCGAGGAGGGGAAUGCCGAAGAGGAGAACAUCAACGACAAGGAGAGCAAGGACGAGAGCAAUGUGGAGGACGAGAAGGGUACCAGCGGCAAGGAUGACUGA